AGAUCCCAAACCCUCUUCGUGAAGUAACCAUGGAAGAGGCAAAAUCAAAUACAAGUGAGACGGUAACACCGUUUGCGAAUCCUCAUUCUUACUCCAACAAAAGAAAUAUCAAUCACAAUGCUCACCUCCCUACCUCCUAUUACUACAAAAUCCGUCUUAUUGCUCGUCAACUUCGUCCCCACUUCAUACAGGUUCUCCAAACACCUGACUUUCGAACUUGCAAAGCAGCUCAUGAAGUUCAAGAACAGAUGAAGCUUAUGGUGCAUUUGCACAGACAGAUGAUUGCUGAGACAGACCAAAUCAAACACCGAGAAGGAAAACAAUCAGAGCUGCUUAAACCCAAAAACUCUCAGGAGCAAUCAUCAGUAAAGAAGCCUCAAACAUCUGCAUUAAGCUCAGAGAAGAAGAAUGAUGAUAUUGGCCAGAUUCGGGAAAGCUAUAUUGUGGGUGGAUCAGUCUUUGGUUGGAACUUCAUCACAUUUUCUGGAGGUCAACCAGUUUAUUAUGGAGUAACUAGGGAGUCGUUUCGAAGUAGACAUAAGAAGUAAGAUCAGUAGUCUGCCUAUAACAAGUGAUGUUUUUGAUGACUAGAAGUUAGUUUAGAAGUAGCCACCAAUAGUUAUGUACAAACUAAAUAGACCGGAUCAGUGCGCUUAUACUAAAUCAAAAUGGAUAGAAAUUUUUUUGAUAAGAGAAGUAGAGUAUUCAUAUCAUAUUUCCUUUUAAUUCUUUAUUCAUAGUUGAUUUUGUUGUUUGGAUCACAACAGUUAUAAUUUUAGAAAUAUUUAAAAUAUAUGUGAAAUUUAGAAAUGACAAUUGAGUUUCACGUGAUUAGGUAAAGGUAUAAAGUGGGCGAUGGGUAGUUCAUGAGGCAUCCCUUGUAUUAGAGUAGUUGAUGGAGGUAGUUGAAAUAAAUAUUUAGGUUGAUUUCUGGUGAAGAUUAUGUUUGGAAUGUUUGUUCAUUUCAGGUUGAGAGGAUUUCUAAGAGGUUGAAGUUAUUUUAUUUUUUUCUGUUUUGAUUUAGAGAAAAUGAUGAUACAUAAUUAU